AUGCAAAUCUUGAUCCACUUGUUGAAAAGCAACAUUGGCACAGGGUUCCUGGGGCUUCCCUUGGCUGUGAAAAAUGCUGGCUUGUUGGGAAGAGGCACCUUGUCAUCCAAGUUGGGGGUGGGGGGGUAUAUUGUUCCUUUAUCAAAAGAGUUUUUAAGCUACACAUUGUCCUUUCCUCCUAGACUACAGAAGACUUUCAUGAACUAUGAAGAGGCCACAAUGUAUAGCUUGGGGACAUGCCCGAACCCCUGGCUGAAGUCGCACUCAGCAUGGGGCAGGUACACCAUGAGCUUCCUGCUGAUCACGCUGCUGGGCUUCUGCAGCACAUCCUUCAUGUUCACGGUGGACAAUUCACAGCAGAUCGUAGAACCCCAGUCCACCUCGAACACCUGCCAGCCCAGGAAGGCCCUGGUGCUGACUCAUGUCCUAGACACACUUUUCUAUAUGCUGAUGAUCCUGCCCUUCCUGGUCCCACUGGUGCUCAUCCAGAGCCCCUGAGUGCUGUCCAUCUUCUCCGCUGUGGCCAGCAUCACCACCCUGGGCAGCCUGGCUCUGAUGUUCCAGUAUCUCAUCCAGGUCCUGCCUCUCAAAAACCAGACAGAGAAUCCACAGCAGUUUCCCAUCAUCCUGUACCUGGGGAUGCCCUUCAUCAUCUUCCUCUACAUCUGCUUGGGGACCCUGGGCUACAUAAAGUUUGGAUCAAACACUCAGGCCAACAUCACCCUCAAUUUGCCCAAUUGCUGGCCGUACCAGUCGGUCAAGCUGAUGUACUCCAUUGGCAUCUUCUUCACCUACGCCCUCCAGUUUCAGGUCCCAGCUGAAAUCAUCCUCCCCUUCAUCAUCUCCCACAUGUCGGAGGACUGGACACUGUUUGCAGACCUGACUACACCCACCUCCCUGGUCUGCCUGACCUGCUUCUUGGCCGUCCUCAUCCCCCGCCUGGACCUGGUCAUCUCCGGUGCUAGUGCCCUGGCCCUCAUCAUCCCACCCCUGCUGGAGAUCACCACCUACUCAGAGGGCAUGAGCUGUGUGACCAUUGUCAAAGACAUCAUCAGCAUCCUGGGCCUCUUAGGCUGUGUGUUGGGGACAUAUCAAGCUCUCUAUGAAAUGACCCAGUUGGCCCACUUUUCUGUGGCCAAUGAUAUAGGGGUCUAUACAUAA